UUAAAACCCAAAGAAGAAGAAGUACAUGUCCGUUGUCCAAAGAUGUCUGCCACCAGGUACCGUCGGUUCCUAAAGCUGUGUGAGGAAUGGCCCCGGGACGAGGCCAAGAAAGCACGGGAUUUGGGGACAUUUCUCCGGCAGAGAGUAGCUUCAGCCUUCCGUGAGGGUGAAAACACACAGAUCUCAGAUCCAGAGAAGUGCGACCACAUGUAUGAAAGUUUGGUCCGCAUUAAUGACAACUUCUACAGACAACGGUUUCCUCGCGUAAGAGACACAAGCUUUACUGGAGUUACAGUGGAAGAGUGUAAAUUGCUUUUGUCAGGGAAUGUGCAACAGAUGGACGAGGAAAAAAAGGGUUUGUGGAAAACAUUAAUGGAGAGAUUCUCCAAAUCACCAGAAGACGUUCCAGAGAAAGCUCCUGAAAAAUAACUUUUUUUCAAUCUCCUUUCCUUUAUUUUCUCAUUGCAUGUAUAUAAAUAAAGCUAUUGUUGUGAUCUUUAUGGA